AUGAAAAAGCUUUUGGACCUAAUGAUGAACAAGGGUAAGACUGUGCAACCACUAAAUGUUGAGGAGGAGUCAAACCCCACCUAUCCUCCAGGAUUCACCCCGUUAUACGGGCAGACCUCGACACAACCUCCGGUUGCCGCAGAAAAUCCCCCACCAAACAAUGUCUCAUUCAUACCUACCGCACCAACACUAGGGGUCCCAGCAGUCGGAACACCCCCGAUAAUGAUGAUAGAUGUGGGGGCAAACAGAAUCACAACUGAGCGUCGCUGUGAUGUACUUGAAGAAUGGUUGAGGGGCAUCGAAGGGUCCAAUUCAUUCGGUCUCAUUGAUCCAAUAGACCUCUACUUGGUACCGAAUGUCACUCUGCCGCCGAAAUUUAAGAUGCCAAACUUUGAAAAGUAUGACGAAACUCGGUGUCCUCAUGCCCACUUACUGAUGUAUUGUCAAGCGAUGGCAGCAUACUCAGAUGACGAGAAGCUAAUGAUGCACUACUUUCAAAGCAGUUUGACCAGAUCUACUAUCCAUUGGUACAUUCAGCAAGAUAAGGCUCAGGUUCGUAUUUGGAAAGACUUGGCCCACACCUUUGUCACUCAUUACUGCCACAUGACAGAGAUGGCACCUAAUCAAAUGACUCUGCAAGAAAUGGAAAAGAAACCUACUGAAAUGUUCAGGGAGUAUGCUUACAAGUGGAGGGAUAUGGCGAUAUAA